CUCCUUCUGCUUCUUCUCCUGCUCCCCCUCUUCAUUCUUCUCCUGCUCUUGCUCCUACUUUCUGCUUCUUCUGCUUCUGCUUCGCCUUAUCCUACUCCUUCUUCUUCUCCUUCUCUUUCUCCUUCUCCUUCCCCUUCUCUUUCUUCUUCUUCUUCUUCUGUUGCUCUUGCUUCUUCUGCUGCUGCUGCUCCUCCUGCUUCUACUACUGCUCCUGCUCCUGCUCCUGCUCUUCUUCUUUCUUCUCCUCCUUCUGCUUCUUCUUCUGCUGCUUCUUCUUCUGCUUCUGAUUCUGCUCCUGCUCCUGCUCCUACUCCUACUCCUGCUCCUCCUCCUCUUACUCCUGCUUCUGCUUCUCGUGCUGCUCCUGCUUCUGCUCCUGCUCCUGCUCCUGCUCCAUCUCCUGCUCCUGCUCCUGCUCCUGCUCCUCAUCCGCUGCCGCUUUCGCUCCAGGUCCCGCUCAUGCUCCUCCUUGUCCUCCUCGUACUCUUCUUCUUCUUCUUCUUCUCCUGCUUCUGCUCCUGCUCAUGCUCCUGCUCCUCCUUCUCCUGCUCCUGA